UCGGCGCGGCUGCCAUGGGCGUGCAGUGAGCGGCCGCUCAGGGCUACUUCCUCGGCGGCGCGGCGCGAAGCUCCCUGGCUGGCGGUGCGUCCCCUCGGUCACCAUGAAAGACGACUUCGCAGAGGAGGAGGAGGUGCAGUCCUUCGGUUACAAGAGGUUUGGUAUUCAGGAAGGAACGCAAUGCACCAAGUGUAAAAACAACUGGGCACUGAAGUUCUCUAUCAUAUUACUGUACAUUUUGUGUGCCUUGCUCACAAUCACAGUGGCCAUCUUGGGAUAUAAAGUUGUAGAGAAAAUGGACAAUGUCACAGGUGGCAUGGAGACAUCUCGCCAAACCUAUGAUGACAAGCUCACAGCAGUGGAAAGCGACCUGAAGAAAUUAGGGGACCAAACUGGGAAGAAAGCUAUUAGCACCAACUCAGAACUGUCCACCUUCAGAUCAGACAUUCUGGAUCUUCGUCAGCAACUUCGAGAGAUCACAGAAAAAACCAGCAAGAACAAAGACACGCUGGAGAAGCUACAGGCGAGUGGGGACGCAUUGGUGGACAGGCAGAGCCUACUGAAAGAAACUUUGGAGAACAAUUCUUUCCUCAUCACCACUGUAAACAAAACCCUCCAGGCUUACAAUGGCUACGUCACAAAUCUGCAGCAAGAUACCAGCGUGCUCCAGGGCAACCUGCAGAACCAAAUGUAUUCUCAUAACGUGGUCAUCAUGAACCUCAACAACCUGAACCUGACCCAGGUGCAGCAGAGGAACCUCAUCACCAAUCUGCAGCGCUCUGUGGACGACACGAGCCAGGCCAUCCAGCGAAUCAAGAACGACUUCCAAAACCUGCAGCAGGUUUUCCUUCAGGCCAAGAAGGACACCGAUUGGCUAAAGGAGAAAGUGCAGAGCUUGCAGACUCUGGCUGCCAACAACUCCGCCUUGGCCAAAGCCAACAAUGACACCCUGGAAGAUAUGAACAGCCAGCUCAGCUCGUUCACAGGUCAGAUGGACAACAUCACCACCAUCUCGCAGGCCAACGAGCAGAACCUGAAAGACCUUCAGGACUUACACAAGGAUGCAGAGAACAGAACCUCCAUCAAGUUCAGCCAGCUGGAGGAACGCUUCCAGCUCUUUGAGACGGAUAUCGUGAACAUCAUUAGCAACAUCAGUUACACAGCGCACCACCUGCGGACGCUGACCAGCAAUCUGAAUGAAGUCAGGACCACUUGCACAGAUACCCUAACCAAACACACAGAUGACCUGACCUCCUUGAAUAAUACGUUGGCCAACAUCCGUUUGGAUUCUGUUUCUCUCAGGAUGCAACAAGAUAUGAUGAGGUCCAGGUUAGACACUGAAGUGGCCAACUUAUCAGUGAUUAUGGAAGAAAUGAAGCUGGUGGACUCCAAACACGGACAGCUCAUCAAGAAUUUCACAAUACUGCAAGGUCCUCCUGGCCCCAGGGGUCCAAAAGGUGACCGAGGAUCUCAGGGACCCCCUGGUCCAACUGGCAACAAAGGACAGAAAGGAGAGAAGGGGGAGCCUGGACCGCCAGGCCCUGCUGGCGAAAGAGGCCCCCUUGGACCCGUCGGCCCCCCUGGAGAGCGCGGCAGCAAGGGCUCCAAAGGCUCCCAGGGCCCCAAAGGCUCCCGUGGGUCCCCUGGCAAGCCUGGCCCUCAGGGCCCCAGUGGAGAUCCAGGGCCCCCGGGCCCACCAGGCAAGGACGGGCUCCCUGGGCCCCAGGGCCCCCCUGGCUUCCAAGGACUUCAGGGCACCGUGGGGGAGCCCGGGGUGCCUGGACCCCGGGGGUUGCCAGGCUUGCCAGGGGUACCAGGCAUGCCGGGCCCCAAGGGUCCCCCCGGCCCCCCAGGCCCAUCAGGGGCAGUGGCGCCGCUGGCCCUGCAGAACGAGCCAACUUCAGCACCAGAGGUCAACGGCUGUCCACCCCACUGGAAGAACUUCACAGACAAAUGCUACUAUUUUUCGGUAGAGAAAGACAUUUUUGAGGAUGCCAAACUGUUCUGUGAAGACAAGUCUUCACAUCUCAUUUUCAUCAACACGAGAGAGGAGCAGCAAUGGAUAAAAAAACAGAUAGUGGGGAGAGAUAGCCACUGGAUCGGUCUCACGGACUCGGAGCAUGAGAACGAAUGGAAGUGGCUCGAUGGGACAACUCCGGACUACACAAAUUGGAAAGCUGGACAGCCAGAUAAUUGGGAUCGUGGCCAAGGGCCAGGAGAAGACUGUGCCGGGUUGAUUUAUGCUGGGCAGUGGAACGAUUUCCAAUGUGACGAGAUCAAUAACUUCAUUUGCGAAAAAGACAGGGAGACAGUACUAUCAUCCACAUUGUAAUGGACUGCUGUAAUAAUGUGAGCAGAUUAUUAGCCGGCUCUCCAAGGCAAAGGACACUCCUUCCAGAUCACAUCACCUCCUCAGACUGGAGGGAAAAAGCACUGAAAACCAAUUACUGGAAAAGUUGACAACUCCUGUUUUUUGCCAUCCCAUCAUCACUGAAGGACUUAGGAACUCAAAGGGUCCCUCCUGGGUGAUAUGUUGAUUUUCAGUGUGCAGACGGCAUCACAUAGAUUUUUCUCACCUGAUAACCAUACAAUUAUGCAAAUUAUAUCUUCCAAAGUAUGGACUGCUCCAAGCAGAAAAAGACUAUCAUUGGUUGGUGAGCUAUAGGGAGAAUUUAAAACAUAUACUGUGUAAACAGUACCUUUCAUGUCUAAAAUCCCAAAUGUAGGAAAGAUAUGCAGAUACACAAAUAUAUAGGCCAACUUUUAGUAAUAAUAUGAACUAUACUUAAAGAGCUUUUAAAACUUUGUAUUUUUGUACAAAAUAUUUGCCUUUUACAAUUAUUCUUUUUUCCUUUUUGGGGAGGGUAAUUUUACCAAUAUAAUACAUGGAGCCAAAGAAAACAACAAUGGUACUAAUACAAACUCCUAGGGUUACUUGUCAGGUUUAAAUCUACCCAGUGGCAAAGACUUUUUUCAGUUGUGGUUUAAAAAAAAUAAUUAAAUAUA